AUGCCGGGUGAAAGAUUCCUGCGCGCGGGCUGGCGGGCGGCCAAGGAGUCUCUCAGUGUUCUUGCUUCUUUUCCUCCUGCUCCGGAUACCGAACGCCUCGGUGGCCUUGCUGGCGACGAUGGUGCAGGCGCGGUGUUGACACUGAUGAUGCGGAUGGUGGCAGUGGUAGUGGUGACAGCGGCGAGGGUGUGGGAGUGGCUACGACUCCGGUCGACUCUGUGA